GUGGCCAAAGUGGAAUAUGUUAGAAGAAAACCCAAAUUAAAGGAAGUUCUGGUGAAGUUAGAAGAGCAUAUGGAAUGCACUUGUACAAUUUCAAAUUCCAAUCCAGAUUUUCGAGAAGAAGAAACAGAUGUCAGGUGAAAAUAAGCUAGAAAAGAUUUCUUUCCAGGCCUCGAAUGUACAGGGUCUGUUACAUUCCCGAACCAACGCUGUAUGGUGCUUUCUGGAUAAAUACUUCACUCAUCUUCCUAUCCGGGGGGGAAAAACUGGUUUAAAAAGAGAGAGAGAGAGAGAGAGAGAGAGAGAGAGAGAGAGAGAGAGAGAGAGAAG